AUAGACUCAUAGCUUAGCCAUUUUCAUUGCUAAAGCUUAGUCGUACUGCUGCCUCUUCCAUUCACGAGCAUUUCCACUAUUUCAAAGUGAGAGAGAGAGAGAUCUUCCAUUGAUGUGGCUUGUGGAGGAAGAUGAAGAGACUCUGUAAGGCGUUGUGAGAAAGUUUUGUCGAUCUUAUUUGAGGCAGUGUUGUUUAGUUUAAGAGGAUGGGGAAAACGCCGUGCUGUGCGAAGGAAGGGCUGAGAAGAGGCCGUUGGACGGCGGAGGAAGAUGAUAAACUGAAGAAGUAUAUCGAAGCGAACGGAGAAGGUUCAUGGAAAUCGUUGCCGAAGAAUGCCGGGCUGUUGAGGUGUGGAAAGAGUUGUAGGUUGAGAUGGAUUAAUUACUUGAGAACGGAUUUGAAGAGAGGGAACAUCACUCCUCAAGAAGACGAAACUAUUCUCAAGUUGCACACAACUUUGGGCAACCGGUGGUCACUAAUUGCUGGACAUUUACCCGGACGAACAGAUAACGAAAUAAAAAACUACUGGAAUUCUCAUUUAAGUAAGAAACUCUACAGCUCCCCUAAAAAGAAUUCUGGCAUUCCAAAGCGAACCACCAGCCGCCGAGGUCAACAACCAAGCAGCAUCAAACCAUCUAUUUUACAGAAGAAGAACAUGAAGAAGGCCAUACCAAAAGAAGAAGGUUCCCAACCUAAUUCCAUACCUGAGGGACCUGAAACAUCCAAGCCUAGUCAAGAAGAAGAAGAAGAAGAAGAACAGGCUACCACCACUUCUCGAUUGGACUGUGACGAUGAGGAGAAAAAACUAGAGAGCCAUAAUUCCACUAUGAAGGACCCAAAGCUAGAGGAAGAAAAUUGGGACCUGGGAUCAUGUGAGUUUACGGCCGAUGCUGAGAAACGAGGAAACGGGUUCACAAUUGUGGAGAGUGUGGAAUGGUGCUACUCUGCUUGGCCUUCAUCGAUGAAUUCCAGCUUUAAUAAUAAUGAAUGGCUGAAUUGGGAGUGGGAAGAUGAUGGGGUUUUAGGUUAAGGGCUCUAAAUAUAAUACUCCCAAUGGGGAAAGGAAUAAGGUCAAUAGGCUCUUCAAAUUUGCUGUAAUAAGGUCAAAGUACUGUCCUUGAAAAUGACCAGUGUCCCCCCGGACAAUAAUUAUUUUAUCUCACCGAAUUUCAUGUUCGAUAGA